AUGGAGCAUGCAUAUGUGUCUGCAAUGUUGGUGGGGUUCCUUCUCAUCAUGAAUUCAGCCCAAAUGGCCACCGCAGCCACAUGCGUCGAUGCCGGGGUAAACAUCCAGCCAUGUGUGGGAGCUCUAACUGGGGCCACAACUGCUUCAUCGGAUUGCUGCAGUGGUCUGGUCUACAUCCAGAAAAUGGAAGCUGAGCUGGGAAUAGCUCCAACCUGUAAUUGUACCAAGCUAGCGAUGAUAAGGAUUCCAGGAUUGGUUGUUGAAUACAGUUAUUCUGUGGAUGUGCAACACAAUUGCACUCGUGUCUUACUUACUAUGGAUGUGAAAUAA